ACUUAAGAAAAUCAUAUAGAACAACUUUCCUUAAUUGCUGAACUUUACGGUCAAAAAAAAAGAAGACAAAUAAAGUUCAACACAAAACCAGUUAAUACAAAAAAAGAAAGAAAAAAACAACAGAAAAAAGUGCCAUAAAUUUUUAACAACUGUGUAGAAAGAAGACAAUUGAUCAAGGUAAAGACUUUGUUCCAAUUAAGUGCAAUCUCUUGCAUAAUAGCCAUCAAUUUCUCUCCCCAGUGUUGGAGUAAAUAUUUUGGUCAUUUGUGACAGAAGGGGGCUAAAGUGAAUGGGUGAUAUGUUUAUCCAGACUUGCACUAGUGGUGCUAAAGUGUAGAAAAAAGCUGAUAUUUUCACAUUGAGUUUGAUAGACAUCACACAUAUUCAUUUUCAAUUACAGACGGAAUUAUGAAUACACUUCACUUUCCACUCUUCUUCUGUCUGUUCAUCUUUCUCCUCAGCAUUCAGUCAGUCAUCCCAGUAACACCGGAAACUCCGGUCAAGAGGACCCUGCACUUUCUGGCCAAUGAGGGCUUUGCCCCUGUUACACCAACAUCGUACAAUACUCAUCGCACACUCCCGCCGUUAAUUGAGAAACCCCUUCCGUUUGCCAUCUACACAAACAACGUUCACGAUCACUAUGCCCAACUCAGAAACCUGCCACAGAGCAUCAAUUCCUACCUCCCACCUCCUACACCCACAGCCCCAGCGAAUCUAUACUUCCCACCACCCAUUAUUGCACCCACGUCAAAUGCCUUAGACGACGAAGAGUACUACCACCAUGAGGGACGUCUGCUCAAGCAAUACCUCGUCCGAGAAGAUAUUUUUGACUAUCCAGCACCUGAAGACACAAACCCACUGCGUGCCAAUCCUCUAACGCAACUGGCACAAGUGAGAUAUGCAAACCAGAUUCCCUAUUUGGUCAGCAACAAUCUCAUAGUGGACCAUCCCUUCAAACCAGCCCAAUUGCACAAGAAUCACGGCCCAAUUGCUCUGGGUUCUGGAUCUCUAGGCUACAUCCAACUGGCGAACGGAGUCUUCUUCCUCGGUAGCGGCUCCCUUGGCUACAUCAGUCAGAAGCAGUACUACGACUCUCUGGCGUCAACACGAACAAAACCCUUCCAAGUGCCAGGACCUCUAACAUUCGGUCACAAUGACCGAUGAACUUUAUUACCUAAGCCCUUCCUAAUAUUUUAAGAGCACACUCCAUCAUUUAUUUCAUUAAGCAACUUAAAUUAUAAACUAGUCGAUAGUGGAAUCAUCGAAAGACACAUUUUCAAGUGUUUGAGAGAAAUUAAUAUUUUUUUCGUAAACAAUAAAAAUCCUUGAGGCGAUCAGCUUUCGCAGUCUUGC